UGCAUAAGCUCUCAGCUGUUGCCCUGCACUGGCAACACUCUCAGACGCUAAACAAAAAAUAAGAGAAAAAUAAGCAAAAUGGAAACAGCGGGACCUGCUGCAGAAAUUGAGCUGCUCGAGCGCGUUUUACUGCGUCUGGGCAAUGCCGAUAGCGAUGAGAAGCUUGAAACCACGGUGGGCAAAUUCCUGACGCCAGUCAUAAUCAAAAUCAAUUCGCCCCACAAUUUGGUGCGCACAAAGGUGGUUGAGGUGCUUACACACAUUAAGCGGCGCGUAACAUCACGCAGCCAGGUGCAGAUACCCGUGGAAGCACUUCUGGAUCAGUAUGCGGCCCCUGACAGCACGACAUUCUUGAAGAACUUUGCCAUCAUCUUCAUCAGCAUGGGCUUUCCCCGCCUGCCGCUGGCACAGCAAACCGCGCUGGCCGCCAAGGUAAUCAGCUGCGAGAGCAAGUUGGAGAACUAUCAGGACAAGCUUUUUACGCUGCUGCUGCCCAUAUUAAGCGAGAUGAAAAUACCGGAUGACCCGGCACAGCGAGCUGAGCUUUUUAAGAUUAACGACAAGCCGGCCAUUAGUGCCAGUUUUCUGUCAAUGCUGCAGGAUGUGCUGCUGUUGCCCUACGGCAUUACACAGGAGCAAGAGGUGCCACCUGGACUGAGUCCGUAUAGUUUUAAGCGUGUCAUUGCCAACAAUUGGCGCGCCGAGGAGCUGGAGAAGAUCAAAAAGGGCAUUGUACGCCUUCUAUGUGCCAGCGUCUUCACCGACAACGAGAUCUUCGUGCUACUUGUGGUUGCCUCUGCCGACACACGCUUUGGCGUAGCCACGCCUGCCAUUGCCGAGCUGAGCAAAUUAUGCACCAUGCUGGACUUUACUAGUCCAGCUGUUACUUCAGCUCUGUACACACUGUUCAUUGGCAAUCAGCAUAAGCAAGCCGAGCGCCAGACACGUCCUUGUUGUGCUCGUGUGCGUCAAAAGUUGCUGCAGUAUCUGAUCAAGUGCCGCGGCAAGGGCAUCAAUGUGGGCAAGGGUCUGCAGGUGAUCUUCGAUGGACUUUUUGGCACCAAUACCAAUCAAAAGUGCAAAGUGCUUGCUUUGCAAUUUGUUGAGCUUGUGCUGAGAGAUGGUCCACGCGAGGUAGUCUCCAAGGUGUCCAAGGUCAUGCUGACGGGCAUCACAAAAGUUAUCGGACGCGACUCGGUUGAACCGAAUGAUGUGCAGAAUGCAGCAUAUUCCGCUUUAGCUCAACACGCACGCAGUUUUCCUCAGGAUGUUAGCCAGGAUCUGAAGCUUGUACUGGGCUAUUUUAAUAAUUUAGCCACUUGUGCACCCGAUUUACAUAGCUCGAUACGCGAGGCAUUGGUAUCCAUGGCACCAGCUUUUGCUUGGCAAACCAAGACCAAAUCGGAUGCCAUGGAAGUGGACACGGAUGGCGAUCCAUCACAUGUGCAGCUGGACGGACAACAGCAUUUGUUACUGGCCAUGUUGCUGGACAAUGCUGAGUCCAAGAUCCAAAUAGUGCAGAAUGUAACCAGCGUCUUCCUGACCAGCUGCUAUCCAGAGUUUUAUGCACCAGCGCGUUAUUUGCUUCUGCUCAUCGCAGGCGAACGCAAUUCCUUGCGUGAGCAUGUGACCACCUAUUUGUAUGGCACUUCGAAGAAGGAUCAUGUCAACUACAGCAUGCUCUCCUCCAUUGAGCAUACGGGUAAACACACCAGCGAGUCCAUCAGUGAUUUUAAUCAAUUGUCACAGGAGCAGCGACGUGUUUUAUUGCCCAGUUUCCAUGUGAUGAUGUCCCAUGUCCAUGACAUGGCCAACAAACGGCUGAAGAAGAGCAACGCCUGCGUUGUGGUGGGACGCACCAAGCUUCCCUACAGCUUGGACGUCUACGAGGAAAUGCUCGACUAUUUGCGUCUCUGCUUGUGGUACUCGGCGGGCAUUGUAGCCGCACCGGGUGAUGAGAAGUAUACGCACGAGCUACGCAAAUAUAUAACCAUUAAUUACGACGAAGAUGAGUCCAAUGCGCUGCAUCAAUAUCUACUUUUCGUCCAACGCGGAGUAGAGGCCAAGCGCACUGAAUCUAGUUUGCUUUGUCUCUAUGAUCUGCUAAAUGCUGCACCCGACCUAUUUGCGCCGAAGCAGCUGCAUUUGCUCGAGCCUUUGAGCAACUCUCUCAAGGACGUGUCGGAAACAAUGCGCAUUAAUGUCGCCCAGGUCUAUGGCCUUCUCUGGGCCUAUGGACUUGCAGCUGAUAAAUUUGAUCAAGAGGUGGGCGAUUGUCUGACCAGCUUGCCUCAGAAAACUCUGGAGCACAAGCAUGGCUGGUUGCUGGUCGUGGGACACACUUUUAAUCGUAAAAUCGAACAGCUCAAGCAGCAGAACUCCAGCAAGGACUACGCCAACUGGCCACCGUUUAUAAAUGCUGUGAAGAUUAUAGCUAAAAUGCUCAAUGAAGCGCAGUGGCUACUCGUCUCUGCAGCGGUCAAAUGCACCUCGAUGAUUGGAAAGACGGUGGAAAUACCCAAUGUGCAGGUGGAAAUUGUUGCGGAGAGCAGCACCAAUAACGAUGAUGACGACGAAGAGAUGGCCGAAUUGGCAAGCAUUGAGAAUUCAACAAAGUUUAUAAUUUUUAGCGUGAUUUUCAAGCUGCUGCGCAGCACCUCUGUGCGUCAAAAGAUACGCGAGGAGGCAGCAAAAUGCUUGGGCUAUUUGGCCAUAGGCGAUGGGGAGCACUUUACCAAACGCAAUCUGGACAAGUUCUUAGCGUUGGCCAAGGUGCAAAAGGAUGCGGCAUUGAAUAUAGCCAUCUCGGAAGCCAUUGUUAACACCUUGUGCGGCUACGAUGUGAACAAGGGUCCGCCGGCAGAGACAUUCCAAAACCAGCACUGCAGCGACGCAGAUUUUGAACAGUUUCUGAUAGCCUUGAUACGCUUGGUGAGCGAGCCCAAUCCGCAGUCGCGUCAGGCCAUCUCCGUAUGGCUUCUGGCGGUGGUCAAACACUGCAGCAAUCGACCUGCUGUGCUCAACAAGAAGCAGCUGCUGCAGUUUGCCUUUACUGAGCUGCUCUCUGAUGAUAGCGAAUUCGUGCAGGAUGUGUCGUCACGAGGUUUGGGUCUGGUCUACGCACUUUCCGACUCCAGCAGCCAAACGGAUUUGGCGAAUUCGCUACUGGAUCAGCUUAUAGGCGGCAAACGUCAGGUUAAUCAGGUCUCUGACGACACUGAGCUCUUUGCCGAGGGCAUGCUGGGCAAGACGCCCACAGGCGGUAACAUAACCACCUACAAGGAGCUCUGUUCUCUCGCAUCGGAUCUCAAUCAGCCGGACAUGAUCUAUCAGUUUAUGCAACUGGCCAAUCAUAAUGCCACCUGGACUAGCAAACUGGGCGCUGCCUUUGGCCUGAAGACGCUCUCCGCGGAGUCGCGUCAGAAAAUGCAACCAUAUCUGGGAAAGAUAAUACCGCGUCUAUAUCGCUAUAAAUACGAUCCGACGCCCAAAAUACAAAACUCCAUGAUAUCUAUAUGGGACACCAUUGUCAGCGACUCUAAGGAGAUAACGGAGCAAUACUAUUGGGAAAUCCUACGCGAGCUGCUGGACAAUCUCACCUGCACGGAGUGGCGAGUGCGCAUUGCAUGUUGCCUAGCUGUGCGAGAUCUUCUCAAGAGGUCUAAUGGUCUGCGUUUACGCACCGAGGAGCAGCUGCCUACGUCUUCUGCUGGUACCUCGACCAGCAGCUGUGUCAAUCCGCGUCGUGUGACGCCCGACAGCAUGGAGGUGGAUGAGCUGCCCGAGCCGGAGCUAAGGGAACUCUGGUAUCAGUUGUUCCGCGUCAUGGACGACAUACACGAGGGCACGCGCAUGACUGCCCAUGGCACAGCCGCAUUUCUGGGCAAACUGUGCGUUCUGGCCGCAUCAUCGGAGCACGGAAAAUCUGGCACAGCAGUGGCUGCCUCCAUUCUGCCAUUUUUGCUGGAAACGGGCGUGGGUCACAAGGUCGCUGACAUUCGAAAGGUCAGCAUUAAGACCAUAUCGGAUAUGAUUGAUUCAUCGGGCGUUUUGAUUGCACCACACCUUGCCACGCUCAUACCCUGUCUGCUUCGCGCCACCGGCGAACUGGAGAACACCAAGCUGUCGUAUGUGUCCACGCGUCUGGGCGCUGAUAAUGAAGCCCAAGAAGCUGUGGACAGUCUCCGCGCAGAAGCAGCUAAAUCACAUCACACCAUGGACGCGAUCAACAAAUGCGUACAUUUUAUUGACUAUCCGGUGCUGGAACGCAUGACACCAGAGCUGCUGGAGCUAAUGAAAACCAGCGUCAAUCUAGGCACCAAAAUUGGUUGCGCACAUUUUGUGUGUCUGGUCAGCAUUCGUCUGGGCAAGGAAAUGACGCCCUUGGUGGGAAAAUAUUUGGGAGCCUGUUUUGUCGGCAUCAAGGAUCGCAACGUCACCGUGCGCAAAUACAAUGCCAGCGCCAUUGGACAUCUCAUGGGACUGGCCAAGGAACAAUCCAUUAAGAAUCUUUUCACCAAACUGGAUGAGCUGUAUAUGGAGCAGCCCAACAAUCGCUCGAUAGCUUUGACUAUACAAUCGAUUAAUAAGCGACACCACGAGCUGCUCAAGGACUACAUGGACUGUAUGUUGCCGUUGAUCUUCUUUGCCAUGCACGAGGAACAGAACGAGGAGAACAAGACAAACAUUGAGCAAUGGAAGGAUCUGUGGAAUGACAUAAGUCCCGGCGAUGCAGGCAUUCGUCUUAAUUUGCAUGUCAUCAUACCCAAGCUGGAAUCAUCGCUGACCGAUGCCAGUUGGUCGCGCAAGGCUCAGGCGGCCAAUGCCAUACAGAACAUUGCGAAGCGCCUGAGUGGCAGCCUGGAGAUGACGGAUCGUGUGCGACUAAUCAAGCUAUUGCUCAGUGGCCUGCAGGGACGAACAUUUGAGGGCAAGGAACGUUUAUUGCAGGCUCUGGCUGCGCUCUGCAAAAAUCUCGAUCGUCAGCACGAGGUCUGUGCCAAUAUUAUCGAAGCGGCAAUGCGCGAGGCACGCAAACAGGAACCCGUCUAUCGCACUAUGGCACUAGCUGCAUUAGGCGAAAUACUGGAUGUGCUGGAGGCGGAUCGCUUUGAAGAGGUAUACAACAUGAUCUGGUAUCUGCUGGAGAAGAAAGAACUGCGCACGGGCGACUCCGAUGAUGAGGAUGAGCCCGGCUGCAGCAAUGCCAACAAGGAUUUAAGCGCCGAUGAGCGCAACAAACGCGCCCAAACGCUCAACAAGCUAAAGGAGGUGGUCUGGGAGACACUGGGAAAAUCGUGGCCCAAGCAUGCCAUUGAAACCCAGCACAGAUAUCAGCUCUUCUUUGCCGAGAACUGCACCAGCAUUUUGAGCGAGAGUACUCGUCCCGUGCAGGUUAGCCUAUUGGCUGCGCUAACCAAGUAUGUCGAGCGCUUAUAUAUUUUCGAUGAGGCGGCCAAGCUGCCAGAAAUGGCGCUCGAACGCAACAAUCUGGAGAAGAAGCCCAAGACAGAGGCGACGCCGUUGCAGACUCGUGAGGCAAUUGUGCAGAAGAUCUGCAAUGAUGUCCUAGCCGCAGUCACACUCGCCGCUGGCGUGCCUCAUACUGGCCUGAAGAAGGAGGCACUCAACAUAGUCCUCAUGCUGAUCAAACGCCUCAGCCUGACCAGAGAUCAGGCCACGUUGGCGCUGCUUAAGCAAAAUUUCGAAACGAAUCUACCCAAAUUUCAGCGCGACUCAGCUCCCGAGGUCCGUUGCCGCAUUAAGGACAUUGAGGAGAAGCUAGCCAAACUGGAGCAUCCCAACUGAUAGCCAGAACAUAAAUAACAUCGCCCAAAAUUAAAUACA